CUCUGCCUCAGCUACAAUUUUCAGAACAUGCUAUAACCACCCAAUUUACGAAUAUCAAAGAGCCAAACAAGUACAUGAAUGUUUUUUUUUUUUCCAAAAAAUAAGUACGUAACCAUUAUCAACCAUACAUGAACGCUAGAUUUCAUUUAUUAGAAACCAAAAUUUUUACCCUAAUAAAUUGUUUCAGUUAGACCCAACCCCAAACACCAACUCAUUGAUCAUGGCAUUUUGAUUCAAUCGAGUCCAGAGAGUCUCUUUCCUUUGUACGACCCAUAUAUAAUAAUUAUUAGUAUUUUAAAUUUCCCACACUGAUUCAAUAAAACCGCCAUUAAUGCCCUUCAACAAACUUUUUCAGCUUCUUACCUGUUAAACCCUUAAUGUACUAGCUCUCUUACAUUUUCUUCCCUAUAUAACCAAAACAAAGAAAACCCAUUUCUCAUCAUCCACACAUUAAGCUAAAAAUCUGAACUCUGUAAACAAAAAGAAUAAACCCGAAUUGAAAAGAAGAAAAAUGGGUCAUCGGCAGCAAAAGUACAGAUUUUCUCUGAUCAUCGUCCCAUCAGUGUUUCUGAUGAUGGUUUUGAUGGUGGAUGGUAGUAAUAAAGUCCCGGCAAUUAUAGUGUUUGGUGACUCCUCCGUGGAUUCCGGGAACAACAACCAGAUUUCGACGGUGCUGAAGAGCAACUUCGAGCCGUACGGCCGGGAUUUCUACGGCGGCCGGCCGACCGGAAGGUUUUGCAACGGGAGGAUGUCGACGGACUUCAUUUCCGAGGCGUUCGGGCUGAGGCCGUUUGUGCCGGCUUAUUUGGAUCCCGGUUAUAAUAUCACUGAUUUUGCUCAAGGUGUUAAUUUUGCUUCUGCUGGCACUGGUUAUGACAAUGCCACUUCUGAUGUUCUUAAUGUGAUACCUUUGUGGAAGGAAGUGGAGUACUUCAAGGAAUACCAAAAGAAACUGAAAGCCUAUGUUGGUGAUAAAAAAGCCACCAAUAUCAUAAACCAAGCUCUAUACAUAACCAGCAUGGGAACAAACGAUUUCUUGGAAAAUUACUACACAAUGAAUGAUCGGAGGUCCCAAUACACUAUUGAUCAAUUCAAAGUUUUCCUUCUUGGGAUAGCGGAGAAUUUUGUGAAGGAAUUAUACGGAUUGGGAGCUCGAAAAAUCGUCUUAACCGGACUUCCUCCAAUGGGUUGUUUGCCUUUGGAAAGAACCACGAAUUAUUUUGGUGGAAAUGGAGAUGUUUGUAUGGAGAGUUACAAUAACGUGGCACUGAGUUUUAAUGCCAAAUUGGGUGUUUUGGUGAAGAAGCUGAAUGGAGAGCUUCCUGGUGCCAAAGUGGUUUUGUCCAAUCCAUAUUUCGCUUUUCUACAAAUCAUCAAGAAGCCCUCCGCUUUUGGUAGUAUCUCGUUACAUGUAUUUCAUUUGAGUAAUGAUAUAUAUCGUGAAUUUAUAUAGUAUUACUGAUAUUAAAGUGAACUGAUUUCAUCGACUGAUGUGACACAGGAUUCGAGACAUCAGCGACGGCGUGUUGUGCAUCGGGGAUGUUCGAGAUGGGAUACUUGUGCGACCGUUUGAAUCCAUUUACGUGUACGGAUGCCAACAAGUAUGUGUUUUGGGAUUCUUUCCAUCCAACUGAGAGAACAAACAAGCUCCUCACUGAUUACGUCCUUAAACGUGUUCUAAAUGUCUUCUUUUAGGUUAUAUAAUUAGUUUUUUUUCAUCAAAAAAAAAAAAAUGUAUCUGUUCAAUAUGUCUCAAACUCGAUUUCACGAAUCAGUAUAUGUAGUUAGGAAUUUUGUGUAAAAUACCAUGUGUUUGUCACAUUUGUUUGUAAGAUGAACUUCCACUAUUUUGAUUUGGUUUUUGGCUUUUUGCAUGCGGAGUGAAGGAGGAUCGGUUACGUUGUAGUAUUCGUUUUGAAGGGUUUUUUUCUUGAUUAAUGACUAUUAUGUAUGAUUUUGGUUUCAUAGGUCUUUGAGUGAU